ACCUAGCCCACCACACUGCUCUCGGAGUCGUAUCGCCGUAUCGGCAGGCUCUCUCUGUCUCUCUCUAGCGUCGCACGAGAGCACCGAGGGGACGACAUCUCAUCGCCGUCCUCGCCCCUGUCACGGCGCGCCACCGAUCCCGCUCUGCCCUAGCCGCUGCCGGCCGCCCCCCGCAUCUCCCUCCUCCAGCCUUGCGUCCCGCCGACCUCGCGCUGCCCUCCUCCAACCCCGGCGCUCGCCCACUCCUCUCGCUGCCCUCCGCCGACCUCACCGCUCCCCGCGCUGCCCAGCCCUGCAGGCGGCCACCGCCUAAGUUCUCCAUCGCCCAGAGCUGCCCGCCGGCCUCCUUCCACGGAAGCGGAACGGGUCGAAGUCUCGCCCUCGGCCCUCUACUGGGUUGGCUGGCUCGGAUUUUGCGGGAGAUCCAUCCACGCCGAUUUAUUUCUUCUGUUGCUAGUGUCGGAUUUGUUUCUGCCGUGCCUCGUGCUAAACCAAUCCGUUAGAGGUUCGGGUCAUCAAAAUCUCAGCUUGUUUUUGACAAGUUUCGGGGGGUUCAGCUGAACCCUCGCGCCAUGGAAUCAGGCGAUACAAAAUUUGAUGCAUCACAGUAUGCUUUCUUUGGUAACAAUGUGACAGAGGAGGUUGAGCUUGGUGGAUUAGAUGAUGAUGAUGCUUUUGUUGAGCCUGGUGAUGAAGAAUACGCUCCUACAUAUGGAAGGGAUCCAUUGGAGGGUGGAGGUGUAAGUUCAUUUACUAAUGUUGACGAUCUUGCUGGAGCAUUCUCAAAGCUGUCCAGAACUGUUAAUGAACCAAAGCAACCUGGAAUAUUUAGUCGUGGGGGUUCAAUUUCUGGACAAAGUUCUGCUGCAGAUUGGGCACAAGAACCUGAAUCAUUAUACUGGCCUACACAGCCUGUAUUGGAGGCUGAACAAGGGCUGGACAACAAGAACUGGUCUCAACCACCCCAUCCAGCCCACUUUACUGAUUCCAGACUUCACAGGACAUCCUCAUCCCCGCAGGAUGCUCAGUAUAAUCCUAACGAGCCUAUUCUUGGACCAAGGCCAUCUCCUUUGCACCGGAUGUCAUCAUACCCACAACAAGAGCCUCAAUACAACACUACCGAACCAAUUCGUGGGAAUGGUACCAUGUUUGCACCAGCUUUGAUGCAGCGUCCAAAUGGAUUGGUACCACCUCAAAUGCCACCUCUUCGUCAACAAAAUGGAAUGCUCCCAAUUCAACAGUCUCCACCCCAGUUCUCGCAACUACAUGCCCAGAUGCUCGGCCCCCAGCAUUCUCCACCACAAAAUCUGCAUAUGUUUGGUCCUCGGCAUCCUCCACCACAAAUGAUGGGUAGAUUUGAUCCAAAUUUGGUUAUGCCCGACUUGAGUGACCCUAGAGCAAGAUCAAUGUUGCAUCAUGGGAGACAGGGCCUACGUUAUCCUCCCCAUGGUUUUGAGCUUAACAAUAUGAGGAUGGACAAUAGGUUUCAGCGGUUCAGAUCCAAGUAUAUGUCUACUGAAGAAAUUGAGAACAUUGCAAGAAUGCAGCAAGCUGCCACUCAGAUCAAUGAUCCAUAUAUUGAUGAUUACUAUCAUCAAGCUUGUUUGGCUAGAAAAACAGCAGGAGCACAACUGAAACGCCACUUCUGUCCAACCUUAAUUAGAGACCCAUCUUCUCGUGCACGCAGUAGAGAUGAGCCACAUGCCUAUCUCCAGGUUGAUGCUCUCGGGAGGCUCCCAUUUUCUUCGAUUCGCAGGCCCCGUCCACUCCUUGAUGUUGAAGAAGCCUCUGAACCAAGUGAUAACAUUACAGAAAAAUCUGCUUCAAAACCUCUUGACCAAGAACCAAUGCUUGCUGCUAGAAUCACAAUCGAAGAUGGUCUUUGCCUACUACUGGAUGUGGAUGAUAUUGAUCGUUUGCUGCAAUUUAGUCAACAGCAAGAUGGUGGCAUGCAACUGAGAAACAGAAGGCAGGCUCUCCUUGAGCAGCUGGCAGAAUCACUGCAAUUAGUUGAUCCACUUACACCUAAUAAGAAUGCAUCUCUGUCACCAAAUGAUGAUCUGGUUUUUCUCCGCAUAGUAUCUCUGCCGAAGGGCCGGAAACUACUUUCUCGUUACCUUGAACUUGUUCCUUCAGGCAGCGAGCUCGUGAGGAUUAUUUGCAUGGCAGUCUACCGGCAUCUAAGAUUUAUAUUUGGCGAUUUGCCCUCUGAUAGCAGCAUAGCUGGAACAACAAUUAAACUUAUGAGCGCUGUAUCCACCUGUGUUCUUCGGAUGGACUUGAGUGGACUCAGUGCUUGUCUUGCAGCUAUUGCGUGUUCGUCACAGCAACCACCUCUUCGACCUCUUGGAUAUGCUGCAGGUGACGGGGCUUCUGUCAUCAUAAAGUCCGUACUGGACAGAGCAACAGAGCUUCUCACUGAUCAGCAUGUUGCCUCUACUUAUAGCAUACAGAACCGAGCUCUAUGGCAGGCAUCCUUUGAUGCCUUCUUCCGUCUGCUUAUGGAGUAUUGCAUGAGUAAGUUUGAUACUGUGGUUCAUACGGUGCAAAUGCAACCAGCUGCUGCAGCUGUGAUACGCAGCGAAACGCCAGUGGAGCUGUUGCGUGCCAGUCUUCCUCAUACAAACGAGUAUCAGCGCAAGCAGUUGCUCAGUUUUGCUCAACGCUCUAUGCCCGUCAACAACUCUAGUUCUCAUGGGUCUGGUAAUGUACCCAUGGCAUCAGAAUCUGUCCAGAGCUGAGAUACAAGAAUAGAGCUGCUUCCCGUAAAAUCUAUAUACUUGAUAUGGUUAUUGAGAGUGGUGGGAAGAACAUCAAGGUUGCUGUGAUGACAAAGAAGGAUGAUCUUCUGCCACUCAAGGGGCGCUGAAGUUAAUGAAUAUGCUGCUGAUAUUGAGCUAGAGAAGGCCACGGCUGAGAAGAAGGGUGCCUGUUUUGUCAGACAAAGCUUACAGCGUGUUGCUACCAAAUGUUCUAAACUGUUUUAACAAGACACCGAAGUCACUCGUAAAUGAAUUUUGUUGUUUCCUUGGUGGCUUGUGAGCUGGGGUUUUUCUUUUGUUUUCUCAGCGUUGAAUUGACGCAAAAAUUGUUGUUCAUCUCAAUAUUACUUAUUAGCCAGAUAUUUGAACAUGCGGACUUAUCGUUGUUUCUGA